UGCGCACAUGCCCAGAGGAUUUUUGCAAUCCAUCACUGUUGUCAGUGAAGGUUUCCAUUACAGAAGUCACAGAUGGCUGAGCAGGGGAGGAUAGUCAUGCCGACUGCUGGAGCAACAGGCAGCAUGGGACGACUGGCCAGCAACACACUCAACCUCUACAAUCCUUCUUGUGGUAGGGCGAACUUCAAUUCUUACCCAGGACGUUCCAGAGAGACAGGCUUCACAGCAAACCUGAGACCGGCUGUAUAUUACAGGCCCAGUUUGGACUACAUUGACAACCCUCAGUUUGGACUCCUGUUAUCAGACAGUUUUAUGUCUCAAGCUAAACAAGACUACCAACCUCACAUCCCGUCUGAUUGUUCGGGGUCUUUGCCAAACAUCAUUAACAAACCCAGAGAGAGCGGUUUCCAUCAGCUGAGGAGUCAUUCAAAAAUGACAGAAUACCAGCGAUCAUUUGUGCCGCAUUGUCUCACACCAACAGUUUCCCAGUACCAUGUGGUUGUGGGUCCAAAACAAGAAAGUGGUUUCACUGAAGGAACAGACCUUCAACUGAACACAUUUCAGGACAUAAAAAGCUGCAUGGUUGAACCUCGCCAGAUUCACAGCUCAGUGAUGAAAAGUGACUUCAUGGCGCCUUCAUUUCUGCAGGGCACUGAGGCGAGACCGGGCCUGUGCAGCCUUUCUUCUCGAGAAACAGGAUUCACUCGAGGUGACAUCGCUCCCUUUGCCUGGCCAACCUCCCUUCUGCCGUCACCUCAGACUAAGAGUAAUGCACUGACUGUGAAGACCAUUGGAAAAAAGGAGCCGUCAGGGUUUCUUCUAAAUGCUCCAAGCCACCAGGCUUUCCCUAAUUCACCCUUUGAUUGCUCACACUUCACUACACAUUAUAAUAGCACGUUCUGUCAUCGUUCUGAUUAUGAAAAGUUGAAAUCUGGCCACGUACAAGCAAUCUGUGGAAACGGCUACAAUCGUCGAGAUAUGGACAGGUUUAUCUUUUGGGGCUAG